AUGCCGGUGAAUUUUGUUAAUAAACAAAGGUGUUUGCUGGAUUGGAAUCCUAGACAAACUCUUCUGUACGUGAAGAAUGAAAAUCUCGUCGUUUUGGCAUCUUUGUGUCGACUCUGCAAAGUACUCAUUGGAUUUCUGGAUGGAUUUAAUAAUACCCGUAAAGUAAACGAUAAUUGCUGUGCGACCAUACCUGAUUACUACUGCAGAAAUUUGCACAAUCGCCUUGAUCAACGUUGUUGUAAACCUGAACCAUGGAAACGUGGAUAA